AUGGCCAAUGCUGAUAAAGAGAAUGGCACCUUAUUGGCCCGCCAGAUGCGGCGCUUCCUCGCAGAGUAUCCUGAUCACAAAGUCUUCGCCAAAGUACCAGACAGCGCCAAAAAAAUCAUAUUACAGCUAGGAAACCCAGAGUUCUAUCGUGAUGAGGCGGAGAAAGUGGUAAAGUACCCAGUGGAUUUCGGACGCCAAAGAACACUGGAAUCGCAAUAUAAGAAGCUUCAAGAAGAUUAUCCCGAGCUACCAGAUCUAUUAGAAAGAGCACCAGCGCCGGCCGCUCCUGCUCCGGCGGCUACUCCGGCCACUCCAGCUCCGGCAGCACCAGCCCCGGCCACUCCAGCCCCGGCCGCUCCAGCCCCGGCCGCUCCAGCCCCGGCCGCUCCUGCUCCGGCGGCUACUCCGGCCACUCCAGCUCCGGCAGCACCAGCCCCGGCCACUCCAGCUCCGGCCGCUCCAGCCCCGGCCGCUCCAGCCCCGGCCGCUCCUGCUCCGGCGGCUACUCCGGCCACUCCAGCCCCGGCAGCACCAGCUCCGGCUCCAGCUCCAGCUCCGGCUCCGAUACCUACGGAGCCUAGAGCUGGUACUAAUAGUAGCUGGAGCACUAGUAAUCAAAGCUUCAGAGACACUAUCCCCAGUACUAGCGGUCAUGGUAGCCAUGACACUCCCUGGCCAAAAGUUAAGGCUGUAUUUGGCGACGAUACCGAUCACCCCUUGGCCACAAUUGUGGAAGAAUGUCGAGAAAAUGUCAAUGACUGCGACUUUGCCGAUGUCAAAUUUUAUCUUGAAUAUAUCUUGAGGAGGGACCAGUCUUACGGUCUUAUGGAUUUGACCACCCUUGCCUUGGAAUUCAUCGAUGAAUGUCCUAACUUGCAAGCACGGCUAUCGAAGGAUUUAACUGAGAAUGACCCUCAGCUCAGACGUACCUAUGAUGCAUACUGGCGCCGAAUUUCAGCACCGUUUGGCCGGAGUGAAAAGAAAAGACAAGCCUGGGCUCACAAGCCACAAAGUUAUAGGGAUGAGAUAUUGGCGAAGCUUCCCCCAGCUGAGGAGAGCUGGGACAAGAUCAUGCUCCACCGUGACCCUGACACCAAACGUCGCUGCGAUCCAGUUACAAACCAACCAAUCAUUGGUAGAAUCACUGCUUCCGUGGCUGGGUAUCUCGACGUCUGCCUGCCAAGUCUGAAGGCGGAUGCAAGAGGUGUCCCGAACAAUGAGGAAAGACACUGUCUGGUAAAAGCAACAGAUUACCCAGUUGAAACACAGAGAUUCGAAAACACUGCAAGGGGCCGGGCCCUCACGAUGAAGCCACAGAAGGCUGGCAGUCUAAAGAAUCGCCACAAAAAGGAUAUUAAGAUUCUCAACUAUUCAUCUGCUGACAAAUACUCGGGUCAGUACCCAAGGAUCUAUUUUUUUGGGAUCGACAAAAAGGACAAAAGUACUGUCAGGGCUUAUGUCAGGUCACUAUACUGUUCAGAAUUCAAAGACGGACUUGAAGAUUUCAAUCAUCAGAGGAAGAAGUGCGGUCAAGCACCUAUUAGAAAGAGAGAAAUACGACGUAUGGUCCAGUACUCUGAAGACACUGACUCCGGUUCCGACUCUGCUUCCGACUUCGACUCCGACGAAGAGGUGGACUAG